AUGAGCCUAAUCACCCAUCGGCGCCCGGCCUCCCGCUCAGGCACGACUCGGCGGCGGGGCCGCGCGUGCGCGUUCGCGAGUGCCGCGUGCCCGCGCCGCCGCCGUGCCCGUCAGGUGACGCGGGUCAGGCCGCGCUCCGCCCAGCGGCGGGCGGGGGCCGGCAGGGGACGGGAGGGGAGCGGCGGCGGCGCCGCACCUGGGUCCCCCCGCCCCGAGGCCGCCCGCAGGCAGAGGGGGAGCGGCGGGAGCGCGGCCGGCAUGAGCCAGGCGCCGAGGAAGCUGCCGGAGGAGGAGGAGGAGGAGGAGGAGGGGGACGAGGAAGAAGAGGAGGAGGAGAUCGCGGGUUUGGCCGGCUACGCCGACGGGGCCGGCUCCUUCUCGGACGGGGACGCGGAGAGCGGCGGCGAUGAGGCGUUUUUGGAUUUCAACGAUCCCUUCAGUACUGAAGUUAAGCCAAGAAUCCUGCUCAUGGGCUUGAGAAGAAGUGGGAAGUCUUCCAUUCAGAAGGUUGUCUUUCACAAAAUGUCACCGAAUGAGACCCUCUUCCUGGAGAGCACAAACAAGAUUUGCAGAGAGGAUGUGUCCAACAGCUCCUUCGUCAACUUUCAGAUAUGGGAUUUUCCUGGGCAAAUUGACUUCUUUGACCCUACGUUUGACUAUGAGAUGAUUUUCAGAGGCACUGGAGCACUGAUAUUUGUUAUUGACUCUCAGGAUGAUUACAUGGAAGCAUUAGCUCGGCUGCAUCUUACUGUGACCAGAGCCUAUAAAGUGAAUCCAGACAUCAACUUUGAAAUCUUUAUCCAUAAAGUGGAUGGUUUAUCCGACGAUCAUAAGAUUGAAACGCAAAGAGAUAUUCACCAGAGGGCAAACGAUGACCUUGCAGAUGCUGGAUUGGAGAAAAUUCACCUCAGCUUUUAUCUGACAAGCAUAUAUGAUCAUUCUAUAUUUGAAGCAUUUAGCAAAGUGGUACAGAAACUGAUUCCACAGCUCCCAACACUGGAAAAUCUGCUUAACAUCUUUAUUUCAAAUUCUGGGAUUGAAAAAGCAUUUCUAUUUGAUGUAGUCAGUAAGAUCUACAUUGCAACGGAUAGUACUCCAGUGGAUAUGCAAACCUACGAGCUCUGCUGUGAUAUGAUAGAUGUUGUGAUUGACAUUUCUUGUAUAUAUGGGCUUAAAGAUGAUGGCACUGGAACUCCUUAUGACAAAGAAUCAAUGGCAAUCAUAAAACUGAACAAUACAACUGUCCUUUAUUUAAAAGAGGUGACAAAAUUCCUUGCUCUUGUUUGCUUUGUCAGAGAAGAAAGCUUCGAGAGAAAAGGAUUAAUAGACUACAAUUUCCAUUGUUUUCGGAAAGCCAUACAAGAAGUAUUUGAAGUAAGAAUGAAAGUAGUAAGAUCUCGAAAACAUCAAAGCCACGUUCAGAAAAACAAGAGACCCACUCCCAAUGGGACACCAAGAAUGCCACUGUAACUGAGGCUUUGUAGCACUGUGGCGAGCAAAAUUUUCAUGAAGUUGAUGUGACUUCUGCAUCUCAUUGCACUGAGUGAAGAGGAAAACCAGUGGGACUGAUGUAUUAUAUGAAUUUUCCCUGAAUGUUCAGAAAGCACUGUUUAAAUAUUUUUAUCCAAUCAGUUUUUUUAAUAUAGUGAGCACUUUGAGCAAAAUGUUGUAUAUAUAAGCAUUGAGGUGAACACUUGUAAGAAUUUUCUUAAUAUAUGCUGUAAACCUUUUUCAUGCCAUAUUAAGAAAAAACAGCUGUGACAGAAAUACUGGGUACAUAAUUUGCACUUUUUCAUGUUUUCCUUGUGGAGUUGGACUUUGAUAAACUUAGUUUUUAUGGUGAUUUUGAUGCAUGGCGUCAGGUAAAAUGUAUGCUGUAGUUUAUUUACCUGCUACAAUCGAAUUGGUUAGUAAACAAUUAAGAAAACUUGGUACAAUGCCUUUUAAAAUUUGUGACAGCUAAUACCUAACAUUCAUACAGAUCUAAUUUCAUAUAUUUUUUGAUUUAUAAUCUGAAGAAUAAUUUUGAAGUAUUACAGCAAUAAGUACCUUACCAGGGAUCAUAACUGGUAGGUAAACAUUAGCUUUUAUAAAACAGGUUUUUGGCCAAAUUUCAUCUAUAGAGUUCUCCAUAACACUGGUAAUGCCCUCUGGGUCUAUUUAUAUUAUUUACCUCAGCAUAUACCAGUUAAAUACCUUUCUAUAAAGACAAUUGUUUUAUAAAAUG